GCGGACGACCUCCUCGACGUUGGCUGCGCUCUGCCCGGUCGCUGGUCGGCAUUCGCGACGGUGUACUCUGCGCUGCUGUCCCGGUCAUCGACAGUGCAAAGGAGAACCAAAGCAUGGCGGAGGGUUUCAACAAGAAGAGAGCCGUGUUGACGUUGUCGCAAGAACCGGAGGUUGGGGCAAUGGCGGCCGCGCCUGUGGGGACUGUACACUGGUCCAAAUGGUCCUCGCUCCCAGGCGACCUCGUCCGCCGCAUCGCCGACUCCUUCCUGGCCUCUAAUGACCUCGACCACUACAUGUGCUUCCGCGCCAUCUGCACCUGCUGGCGCUCCGCCACCGAUGAACCCAAGGAUAACGUCUCCGACCCACGCUUCCAGCCGCGCCGGUGGAUCGUCCUCGACGAGGUCUUCCAGACCGAAGGCAAGCUGCUUCUGUUGAACACCGACACUGGCCGCUUCCUCCACAAAAAGCUUCCACUGCUCCGCGAAUACUACGUCGUGGCCACCACUCCCAGCGGCUUCUUCAUCUUGGCGGACAGGAGCCCUCCUCAUGCCGCUCGUGUUUUCAACCCUCUCACCGGUGACUUGACCCGUUUCGUGGCGCCCAUGCCCCCCGAGGUGGGGGUCGCCGAGGUCAGCUGUGACAAAGGCGCGCUCUACCUCCAUUUUCUCGGUGACUCAACAUGCAAGAUUUACAUGGCCCUUCUGGGAAAUCAAGGUUUCGUCUCUACAGACUGUGGGAAAAAAGUUUACAAUAUUUUCCGGGAUGCUAUCCUAGGUGGUGCCUACCCACAACGCAUCUCUGGGCCGGCAUUGGUUGCUGCGUUUGGUGAGUUGUGCGAUUAUGUGAGUUCUCCUCAUGGUGAUCCGCUCAAGGUUUUCUCCGACCUUCCUGAAGAAGCUGCAAACAAUAUCCGGUUCCGGUUUUUUGUAGUGGGUUUGGAUGCACAACUUUUUCUGCACAUCGAAAUACAAGGAAGAACCCCCUUUGUGUUUAAGAUGAACAACGAGAUUGGUAAGAUCGAGCCUGUGGAGAGCGUCGGCAGAUUUGCCAUCUUCAUUGGUCACCACGGGUGCCUGGCUGUGGAUGCUGAUAAGUUCCCAGGCAUGGAGGCAAACUGCAUCUACUACACUCAAGACUUGGGUUCGUCGGCUCACAUCUGCAAGUACAAUAUUAAAGACAAGAAAGUAGAGAGGCUCUCUGAAGUCGCCGAAUUCAUGAAGCAAGACAAGCAGUUUGUCCUCGUUACUGCCCGUCCAUCCACAAUCAUCCAGCUUCUCUGCAGUUACACAAUCAAGUGCAGGUAUUCUGAACUAGUCUGGCAACAAACACUAUAAGGCACAGGGAUUCUCAAAUCUCAACUGGCCAUGCAACAACUGGUAUAAGGCGCCAACCAAUCUUGUUCUGAACUGCCCUUUUGCUAAGUAACUCUUCAUGUUGCCUGUCUAGUGUGUUGGUUUGUUGGUUUGGUUAGGCCUUGGCAUGAAACAUUCUGGUUUUAGGCUAGACCACCUAAUGCUACAUAUACUGUGCUUAAUGAUGUCUUUUGUCGGCGUGUCUACUUCUCUUGUAUUACUUAGCAUGCAAUCGAUCUGCUGGUUAAUUUCUGGCAGUGACAACUUCUGAAUAUAGCUCCUGCAUUUGGAUCGCCUUGCCUCGUUACUCUCAUUGGGCUUUGUUAAUUUUGGAAUCUGCUGUUGGUAAGAAACAGGUUUAAUAUGUGCUCACUGGUGGUGGUCUGUGGAACUGUUAUAUGCUGCCUGGGCUCAGAACAUGGUGCGCGUGUGAAUAUUUCUCGUAUUUGUGUAAUGAUCCUGUGCGUCUAUGCUUAACUCGUUUGGUACUACUACCACCACUUGCAUUUUAAUCUGUGCCUUGUUGGAUUUGUGCGCAUUUCUGUAAAACACAAUUUGUCCCAUCAUUUAUGCAGAGUACUAGUACUACUCAGGAUGUGCUUUGCAUCUCAGCAAUGCUGCAACUAAUUGUUUUCUACGUGUCCACUUGUCUUGUUUUACUUAGCAUUGCAGUGUGGUGCUUAAUUCAUGGCAGUAGUA